CAGCUUUUUCCCCCGCAUUAAAAUUUUUCCAAAUAAAGAUCGUAGUUGUACGAAUAGUUUACACGGUUGGUACAUGUUUGUAUAUUUGUAUUUAUACGAUGAUCGAGAUUCGUGGUGCUAAGGGUUGAGAAGGAGCUACUUCAAGUGUACAUAAAUAAGGGAGAAAAGCUUCGAUACAAAUUAUACGAAUGGUGAUUGGAAAUGGCAGAGCAGGAAAAAUCGUUCAAGGCUUUGCAGGAUGACGAGCGGCUGAAAAAGUUACAGCGUCGUUUAAAACUUAACCAAAUCAAAGGACUCAACAGCUCGCUGCGACUAUUAUCGUCUCCUCAAUCGUCGAUGUCAGUAAUAUCGAGCAUUCAAGGAGACAGCGCUUUGUCCGACGUUAGCUACUGCAGUCCGUCGCACAACUCGUCGAGAACGGGAAGCGUCAUAACUUCGAGUAUUAACUUCAGAAAAGUUCCGUCAAAGAAUCUAAACACACAAGGACCGGUCGAUCCCGGUACCUCGUCGGUAAUUGAACAGAGUCUGGAUAGUCAAAAGAUGAAUAACGACAGAGCCAUGAUGCCACCUCCAUCCCUGGCUGUUGAUGUUCGUAAAAAACAAUCUUUGGAAGUCGCAAAGCAGAAUAAAUACCAUCACAAUUCGAACGAGGCUCUCAAUCGCGCUACGGGUACAUCGCCGGUACCCAACUACGACGGUAAAGCUUCGUGCGGUCCCCGUAACUCUGACAACUCUAUUCGACGCGACACGCCUUUUACCGAACAUGACACGACGGUAAAUGGUGGAUCUCCGAAAGAGGGAACUAGAAGUAACGAAACUUCCAAACGAAAUGGUAGAGUGUUCACGAAUUGGAUCGUCAGAUUGAACGAUCACGGGCAAAUAUGCAUCAAAGGAAAAAUGGAAAGCGGAGAACACGUGCGGAGCAAAGCUGUGAAAAAGAGACUGAAUGCAACGACAGUGCUCUCUGUAAUGCAUCACAAGUAUCAUCUGUUGGGAAACAUACACGAUUUAAAGGAGGAACUCCCGGAGUACAUUCGUGGUAAAUUUUUCAACGGUUUUCCCACGGACUGGGAGAAUGUCCGACAAAUAUGGCAGAGCUAUGUCGCGUCAGACUGCAGCCAACGAUUUAGAUGGCCAAGACCGAUAGCUGAUAGUGACGAUGAUCUACUAAGCGAUAUCACAGAUUUACCAGUCUUAAAUUCAACAAAGACUGAAACAAUACUUAAAGCUUCCUCAUCGACCGUCCCAUCUAACGAGCUUGCCACAAAAAAAACAACGAACAGACCACGGAUAGAAACUGCUCCAGAAUCUGGAAUAAGUGAAAUAGAUGUGGAUAUCGGAUUCGUUCGGUCAGCGGCAAUUGAGAGUUCUAGUGUUCGAGCUAAAAUGACAGAGGCAUUGCAAACCAGUGGUAAAAAUUGCGUGGACCAAACAAGCCAAACUCUGGUCGACCUUUUGAAAAGUAAUAAUCAACCGACAAGUACAAAUAUAUUGUCCAAAGAGGAACCUGUCUUACAAAAAUCUGCCAACAUGAUUCCAAAAUGGAAAAUUGAUGUCAUAGUCGAUAAUCUGAUGAAUAAAAAUUGUUCCAUUGAAUAUAUUCAAAAAGUUAUCGAAGCUAUCAAUUGCAUCAAUGAGUUGUUUACAAUGUCAUGCACAGACAAUAACCAAACUACAUCCGAUAAAGGUAUUUCUGUAAAUGAGAGCAACGUAGAAAAGGUAAACGUCUCGAGAGAUAGAAGCAAUUCCAAUUUUCAAAAUACAAAACAAACAGCGGCGACGAUAUCCCGUUGCAGUUCCUUGUCUUUGGCUAGCUCCAGCGAAUCUGAACCAGAGUUACCACCAAAAAACAACACAUUUAUGUGCCAGGAAUUGGCCAGGUUGAGAAAUAAUAAAAGUACCAAUUGCAAAUCACCGGAAUCACUGAAAAGCCAAAUUUCUUCAAUUACGCAAAAAAGCGUCUCGCGUAACAACCUAAGCGAUUCUACUCUGACCAAGGCACCGACUCCGAAACAUGAUGGUAAUCACCAGAAACGCAAAGAUAAUUGGGCAGCGCCAUGUCUGGGGACACCGACGAUGUCUAGAAUUGAAAGUCCAGGGAAAUCAAGUAAAAAAAGUCGUUACAAUGAGAAAUUAAUCUUUGACACUACGGAUUCUGAUACGGAUUUGGCGGGUCAAAAUAAUGAAAGAACUGGUUUGGUUAAUAAUUCAUAUCCAGGUAACAAAGCUUUUAGAAGAGUCUUAGGACCAAAACGUUCGGCUGUACCGAAUGAAAAAAUAGUCAAUAAAAGUAAAGGUAUAUCUGGUGAGGUUGAUUCCGAUAUUUCGAUUAUUGAUUCUUGUAUUGGGCCUUGUCAAAAGACUACUGCAGUUAAUAUAGAUAGAACACACGACUCGAGCAAACACGAUCAUCGUAAAGAAACGCCUAUUGAAAAUUUCGAACUCGUGAACAAUGAACGCAAUGAUCACGUUCAAUCCGGUAAUGGAUUACCCAAAGGUCCUGAAAAGUCACUCGAUACGAGCGAUCCAAAUGUGACACCCCAACAAAUCGGUGACUCUUGCACUGUUCGGUUAACUAAAAUAAACCUGGAUCAGCAUAACGCUAGUGCAAAUAACAAUGGAACACCCUCUAGAUCGGAGAGAAUAGCAUCCUUACGCAAGCGUCGUAAAGUGGACAGCGGUCGUGGGAACGAUGAACUGCCUGAAAGUGAUUCGGAGAAUUUUAGCUUGCGAAUGAGUUCUCGGGGCCGUCGUAUACUACCACGCCUAGAUUAUUGGAACGGUGAAAGAGUUUUCCUAAGAGAUCAGAAAUUAGUCUACAGUCCAGGUAUGCCUGACACAACCUUGUCAUCGGCAAAUUCUAAUAUUUCGAAAAAGUUAUUGAUCUCACCUAACAAAACAACGCUCUCUGAACCAACGUUAUCACAAGCCACUGCUAAGAACUUGAACAGAACACCGAAAGUCUCAAAAGACUGGUCACAAUUUGAGAAUGAACAUAGAAACAGAAAUGCUUCAAGCAAUACAGGAAUUCUAUCGGAAAUAACAGAGAACCAGCGGCCAACCAGUCACCACUCAUGGACACAUGAUAGGAGGAGCAACAGAAGAUUACACGAUAAGUCACUAUCAAAUGAAAAGCAAACCAGGAGAACAACACAACGUCAUGGACCGUCAAGCAGCGAGGAGGAGGCAACGCCUGUGGUACGUACAACAAGUUGAAGAUAGCCGGACAAUUUGGCAGGUCACCAGAAGGAAGAGACGAAGAAUGUACUGAAAAACAAUAUUGAUUCUAGAAACAGAUUCGAUGUUGAAUCCAUUUUAAGAGGAGCAUAAAAUAUUCGUGUUAGUUGGUAUCCUAACAAAUCGCGGUAUGUUUUACCAAUUAAGUUAAGCUAAGAAACGAUUGUCGAGUAGAAAUUAAGACUCCUUUCAUAAUCGGCGAUUUGAAUAUCUUAUAACGUUUGUCCACAGCAAUUAGUAUCGUGUGGUUUAUUCAACUAUGUGCUUAGGAUAUUAAGAUACAAACUUUUAUCUUUUUAAUUCACAAAGCUAACAUUUAAGCGAUUCAUUCGUGGAAACAAUUUAUAUUUACGAUCACCGGUGGCUGCUAGUCAAACAAAAACCAUGUAAACCACAGGAAUCGAAGUCAAUAAAUGAGCAGGGUUUUUUUUGCCGUUCUGUGCUUUUAA